AUGGACGCAGCAUCCCUCUCCACGGCCUGUGCGCCGUCCACGUUUGCCGGGCUCGCCGCCUUCGGCACGGAAAUCCUCUCGAUCGAUACCCGCCUCGUCACCAACUUCAGCGCCUACGUCCUCGACAUCCCCCGCUGGACGGCGCCCACCAUCUACUACGAGAACGCCACUUUCUGUAACGUCACUGUGUCCUACACCCACCCGGGCCAAAACGAUAAUAUUAUAGUGGAGACAUGGCUGCCAGUCGAGAAUCCGAGCUGGAAUGAACGGCUGCAGGCUGUCGGCGGCGGAAGCUGGAUUGCGGGCCGGUUUGCGACCUCGUAUGAGACGAUGAAGGGCGCGCUGGGGGAUGGGUAUGUGACGACGACGACGGAUGCUGGGUUGGGGAGUGCACAAGAUCCCAGGAAGUGGGCGUUGAACAGCGCGGGGAAUGUGAAUUGGUAUAAUUUCAACAAUUUUGCGUCGGUGUCGUUGGGUGAUCAGGCUACCCUCAGCAAGUCCCUAACCGCCUCCUUCUACCGCAAGCCCCCGGCGUACUCCUACUGGAAUGGCUGUUCCCAAGGCGGCCGGCAAGGCCUCAUGCUCGCGCAACGCUAUCCCGAGGCCUACGAUGGCAUUUCAGUCGGCGCACCCAUCCUGUACUCCACCCUCACCGGUACGAGCCUGUACUGGCCGCAGGAAGUCAUGAAAGUCCUGGACCGGUACCCGUACAACUGCGAGAUGGACGCCAUCACGGCAGCCGCGACGAAAAAGUGCGAUAAGCUUGAUGGUGUGGAGGAUGGCAUUGUGGCGGAUAUCGAUGGGUGUGCGUUCGAUCCGUUCAGCAUGGUAGGGAAGAAGGUGAAGAACUGUGCGCAGGCGGGCAAUAAGACCGUGGAGAUUGGGUUGGCGGCGGCUGUGGUGGUCAACGCGACCUGGCAAGGGAUGGUCACGCCGGAUGGGAAGCCGUUCUGGUACGGCUUGUCCCCGGGUACCUGGAUCAGUGCGGAAGGGGAUGGGAUGCUCACGCUCACGGGUACCGCGGCGACGAACUGCAGCUCGGGAACGUGUGUGGGCGUACCAUCUGAUUUGACGGUCAGCUGGAUCGAUAUGUUUGUUGCCAAGGGUGAUCCGAAGUUUGAUCUGAACAAGGUUGGGUAUGAGGAGUUUUAUGAUAUCGUCAAGUAUGGUCGGCAGGUGUACCGCUCGGCAUUGGAUACGGAUGACCCGGACUUGUCGAAAUUCCAGAAGGCUGGCGGGAAGAUUGUGUCAUUCCAUGGUCUUUGGGACAGCCUCAUCCCGGCUGCUGCAACGCGGCAGUACUAUAACGAGGUCUCCUCCGUGAUGCCCGGCACGCACGACUUCUUCCGGCAUUAUGAAGUUCCCGGUCUCAGCCACUGCGCGGGCCAUGCCAGUGGACAGCCGACCGGCUUGUUUGAGCAAUUGCGGACGUGGGUCGAGAAGGGUGUUGCGCCGGAAGAGUCGCCUGUGAAUGUCACUGUGUCGGAUGGGAGCACCCACCAACGUAUUCUCUGCCCGUAUCCCAAGGUUGCGAAGCUUCGCAAGGGCUGCAGAGACCCCGCGGACGCAAAGUGUUGGAAAUGUGUGAAGCGCGAAUAG